CUCCCAUGUACUGGCCGUACCCGUACCGGCUGUAUCGAGCGGAAAGAAAGAACGGACGAGGUGGAUGGCCUGAUUGGUCGAAGCCUCGCGCAUUCCGCGUCCCCAGUUCCGAUUUCCGAACCCUAAUUUUUUUCUGCCAACCUUUCCGCACCAUCCAAACGAGCGCCCAGUCGCUCCACCGCGCGGCCUCGUCCGUCCCCAAAUUGCUGCCCUCCUCUCUGUAUCACCUCUGCUUCUCCUCGAUUGGGUCCUCCGAAACUUGAGCAACAAGAUGCUCCACUCGUGGCGAAAUCUGGACCAUGUUCCCCGAUCUGCUUAUCAAUUCUGGAUCAUGGCCCGGAACAUCAUGGGAGUAAAAGACAAGAAGAAAUGGGGUAAACCGAAUUGGCUCUGCCACAUCACCGAAGGGAUAAGUAGAGAAGAAAAGAGGUGGGGAACCAAGGAGGUCCUUGUUAGACAUCCCGCGGACAAUGUAAGAUCGACUUUCAUCUUUAAGAACAGCAGCCACCGGGAUGGUGCUAUAUACAAAAGAAGCUUUGCUCUUCGAAAAUUAUGUCGUGUUACUGACCGUGAUGAGACACAACUUGAGCCAAUGAUGUUAUCGGAGCCAACGGAUUGCUUUCCUGACCGAGAAAGGUGCUGCGUGCAUUAUGAAAGGCCGAUGAUGCAAAUUUUCUCAUUAAAAUUGGCUAGUGUCUCUAUCAACACUAGCUCAGUAGAACUAUAUGGAUAUAUUGCAGUGCGGGAUUAUGUGGACUCAUUGCUUAAUUAUAUUGUCAACCGUAGCAGGGAUGACCCCAUUAUUGCGCAACAGGGUUCUUUCAUUGAGAUGACUGGCCCUAAGCGAGGCAUUGCAAUGAAUUCCCCUGUUCUAGUUGAAUUUGACAUGAGGAUCAAGACAGGAGAGAAAGAAGAAGAUGAUCUAACAUUGAUCGACGGCGCAACAGAUUAUUGUGACCUAACCAUACCUUCUGUGUCAUUCACACAUCGCAUUCAUGGCAAUUGUGGUGCGGUUGACAUCACUUUAGCACGUGUUUACAAUGCAGUGGAAGCAACAAUAGAUGUUCUCGUAUUGAAAGUGCAGAAUGGAUUCAAUUUAUCGCUCAGUUCGUUUGUGUUUGUCGGCGGAUCAGAUCAGGAAAUUCCUCUCUUUCGUGGCACUACUGCUGAGUCAUGUGGCUUAAGAAGAUGCGUGAUUGCUGUGAAGAUGGAUACUUGGAUGCAGUUGAAGUUCAAGGUAGGUCAGAACGGCUCUAAAAAUGAUCAUCUUGAACGCAGUUGCUACUUCAAAGCAAACAUUCAUGGAUGUGCCUGUCAACAAAUAAUGCUUCAGCAUGCCGCCCUCUCUGUGAAGGUGACUUGGUCGACCGUGCCAGUAUAAAGUCAUCGUGUUUCAAAUUCGAAUUUAAGUUGCAGUAUUUGAUCUUGGACGUGGUCUGUGUAAUUUUCGUUCUUUGAGAAACAGAUAUAUUUUACUCUGCAUUGGAUGGAUGUUUUAGUUAAUUUUUGUGUGCUAGAAGUCGGUAUUGUAUGCGCCUUCACUAGUUCAGUGAAAAGCAGGCAAUGUGUUUUACAUGUUCCCUAAGCAUGGCUUAUCUUUACUUGGAAGAUAGUAUCAUGUUUUGAUUUUGUAGUUA